UGCCUCGCUAUGAACGGGCUCGGCGACCUGCCUGUUUUCAUAAAGGACAUUAAGCCCGGACAGAAAAACUUAAAUGUCGUCUUUAUUGUGCUGGAGAUAGGACGCGUGACCAAAACCAAAGACGGCCAUGAAGUGAGAUCGUGCAAAGUGGCAGAUAAAAGGGGCAGCAUCACUAUUUCUGUGUGGGAUGAGAUCGGAGGUCUUAUAGAGCCUGGGGAUACUAUUCCGUUGACCAGAGGGUAUGCAUCCAUGUGGAAAGGGUGCCUGACACUUGAUACUGGAAGGGGUGGUGAGCUUCAGAAAAUUGGGGAAUUCUGCAUGGUUUAUUCAGAAGUGCCAAAUUUCAGUGAGCCCAACCCAGAUUAUCAAGAACAGCCGAACAAAGGGGCCCACAGUGAACAGAAGAUCAGUUCCAUGAAUAGUCAUACUGAUACAGGUACCUUUGGACCAGUGGGCAAUGGUGUUCAAACUAGCCCUGAAUCAAGGAGAUACCAGGUUUCCUAUGCUGGUAGAAGCAAUGGCCAAGGACCUGUCAGUCUACAACUCCCAGCAGCAGCUAAUAAUCAAACAGUCAUGACCACAAUAAGUAGUGGCAGGGACCCACAAAGAGCCUUUAAGAGAUAACCUAUGCCAAAUAGUCAUAUGUAGUUUUUAAACUACAUGCCCUACUUGAACACUUAUUGCACUUUUAUUUAUUGUUAACUGUAAAAAAAAAUGUUCUUUAUUGGUUUCCUCUUACAUUUUUGUUCAAGUGGUUGGUUUUUAUAGCAAAAAUGUUAAGCUGCUCAGUCUCCUAGUGAAGAAUGGGAACACUCUGAAAAGUAGGGGCAUUUAUUUUUUGAGCAAAAUGUUAUUGAAUACCCUCUAAAAAUUCUGCACCCAUUUCAAGGAUGAGUUCCCUAAAACAUCAGCUUUAUAGCCUCUAUGAGUUUGUGUUCUGUAUAAAUUUUGUAAUAUUUGACAUUAGAUUUAGUGGAGAUAUUAUGUUUUAAAUCUAGAUGUUACCAACUAAAGCAAUAAUCAGCAAAAAUAGAAACAACAACUAAAAACCAGAAACUCAGUCAAUGAUAGCAAUUUGAGUGUUUUUGACUCAAGGAGUGACUGACUUUAGUGAGUGACUGCCAUUAAGAUUU